CAGGCAAAUAUUAAGCAUCAGGAACUACCGUGUGCUUAGAUGUGUUUAAAAGUGUGUGUAUGACGUCCCAAAAAAUUUAACAACAAAAGCGACAAUAACAUAAACAACAAUAAAGCGUCAUAGUAGUCCCUUCUUGCCGACUCACUGACCUCGUUUACGCGGGGCAGUUGCCAAUAAUAGGAAAUAAUAGGAUAGCAGUAUUGUAAUACAACGUUCGAAUGUAGCAUCUGCCUCCAUGAUCACUUAAUGUUGCUAGCACCAAAAAAUUCUGUCGCUUAGUAUCUCAAGUACGAAAAUAGCGCAUUGUGUGUUGUAGUUGGCAUCCACGACAUAUCUUCGCCAUGCCACCAAUGUAGUUUACAGUGAUCGACUCUUUACUACACCAUUGCGGAAUAUGGAUGCUCAAUACACUACGCUCGCGGUGGACAAGAUCCGGUAGCAUUGCCAUGUAACUUCUAGUUAGUGUUUCAAAAUUGCGCGCGCAUCAUCGCAACUGCCACGGUCGCCCUCGGCUACAGUCAGUGGAUUUCCUAAAGCCGUCUCUCCCACUUGGCGCGACGUUGUCAGCCUCUUUCUCCUCUCUCAUUCACGGUUCCUCCCCUCGCUACUCUUUGCUGUUUUGGGAUGUCACGGCGGCGUAACGUAACCGCCAACGUCUCAGUAGCUCAACACUAGUACGUCUUUGUAUUAUGUGGAUCGCCGAUGGACGAACGAACGUCGGAGCAGUAGGCUAAAGUUAAACCCAAAGCCGGAUCAACAACCACAGCAACGGCAGACGAAGUAGUGGUAGAGGCUGAAUAGCAAAGUUUUGGCGUUAUCUUAAAAGUCGGUGUAAAGCAUUAGCAAGUUCGGCGAUCCAUGUCCGCAGACUAGUAGUGACAGAGAUUGGGGAAUUUCCAUCGUAGUUGCGGGACAUGGCCGGUGAUGGCGCCGCCAUCAACAUCUUCACGGCAGUGACAGUAAUAAUAAUAAUAAUACAUUACAUUGUUGUUUUUUUUCUUCAAACAAUUUCUUGUUUGACCGCAACAAAAGCGCUAACUACUAGUGCUAUUGCUGCUGCUGCCGCCUGUUACGAAAUGAAGCAACAAAAAUAUUAGAAGCGGCUGCUUGCAAACACUGAAGACAGAAUUGCCUCAUAAAGCCCUGACAUAGCCCCGAGCGAAAGGAUAACCGACGGGGCUCCGAAGACGACAAUGCAACAGCUCUUCCCACCGCAGCAUUAACGCUGUUGAAGAAGUUACUAACGAUAGUCAUAAAGCGACUCAGGUCUCCGAUAAACCGCCCGUAAGAAAAUCCAUUUGGAAAAAUCGACCGAUGCUGUUUGUGUAUUCGGUUGUCGUGAUCGAGGAUUUGAUAGCGCCGAUGGAAUCACUCUCAUAAAGCGUCGAUGGGUGUAACCGCUCCGGAUCUGUGUUUGUGUGUGUUUGUGUGUAAUGAAUCCUGUCGGAUUUGAUGGUCAUAGUCGAUGUUAACGUCGCUUUGGAAACAAGAAGAGUCGUUAGAGCAAAAGUCAAACCAAUGUCUAUACAGCCUUUACUACUACUACCACCACCACGGCACCUACAAAUUCCCUAGAUUGACAACGUUCGAAUCUAAAAAUUGUUCUCUUUAUGUUUAUUGUGCUUUCUCUACAGCGGUGCCUGAUAACCGUUGUGCUCUAUAGUAUGUGUGCCUGUGUAUGUCGGUUAUCGUUGUGCUCAGUGUGAUCCUAUUGAAAAAAAAAAGUUGACGGAGUCCAAUACUGACCUGAUUUGACGCCGCUUGGUUUUCCAAUGUUUAAUUUUGCAAUACAUCUGGCAGAUACAGAAGAUCCGUCAAUUUGCUUCUAUGUACAUCUUGGCCUGCUAACAUAGUUGAAUUGGAUAGAGUGACCCAGUCAUCGUUCAGGUGUCUGGGCGGCUUGCCGACAGUGAAAUGAGUGUUGUUUUGGACUUCGAUGUUAUUGUUGCUUAGCGCCGUUUCCCUGGUGAUCCAGUUCUAGUAAACGCGUGGAGACAGCCAUAACAUGUAAAGAAGCUGCAGGCGAGCGAAGAACAGAUAGAGGCCAAGCUUAGAACAGAGCGGACAUAGGAAAUUUCGAUUGGUUAAGGCGAUUAGUGAACAGUUGGGAUAGUCAUCUUACACUUCGAUUCUAAUGGCGGCAACGGUAGAAAAGUAUCCAUCCAGCCAGCCAGCCAGCGUAGCAUAAUACGAGAUGUCAUCAGAAAACAUCGUCAUUAUUCACGGAAGGUGAAUCCCUACCCCAGCAGAUUGCACCCAAUCCCCGGUUGCCCAGGUGACCAUUAGAGAACGCCUAAUAUUACCAAAAUCGCCGAUACCUUUAUCAAAAUCACUUCUCCCACCCCGAUGACAACACGUUGGUAUUUGUGAGAACAUCUUAUGUCCUGUCUGCUAUUGUGUCUGUCAGUCCGGCUGUCUAUCAUACGGCCAUCAGACGAUCUGACACGGGUCAUCUGCUUACUAGGGUAACCCAGUGUGAUUCUCGUGAUGUCUUCAGAUGUCGAUUUCUCCUUAUAUACCGCCGCCUCAGUUUUACUGCCACGUGUAGGACCACCUACCGACCUCUUCGGAUAUUCCCGCCAUUUUUACAUCAGCAACAACAACAAUAAUACCAGCAACAUUACAGGUUAUUACUACAACUACUAAGCCAAAAAAAGAACAGCAGAAUUCUAUAGCUACAACACUUAGGAUUUUUUUGUAAUUCCCGAAUUAUCACCGCCUUAUUAUUACCGGGGUCUGUCUAUGAAGUAGACUAGAACACUAUAAGCGUACCAAGCAAUAUCCACAAAAACAAAGAAGGAGAGAUCAUACAAGCAGAGUGUGAUAUAGCAACGAAUUUCCGCCGGUAAAAAGAAAAAAAAAAACAGAAAAAAAACACCCGUAACAAAAAUAAUGGGCUGUGCAUGUGAUUGACUUUUCGUGUGAGUUUUUUUGGGAUAGGUGGCCUGAUCUUCGAAAAGCAACGAGUGUACCAUACCCGCCAGGACCGUGCAUGACACAAGUUAUACGCGCUGUCGCUGUUACACGUCGUUGUGGACGCCCUUUGAUGUGCGUCGAUAGCGCGUUUUCGAAAUUGAAGAAAAAUUCUAUCGUCUUACAGUUGCUUUGAUAAAUACGACGCUUAUCUCCUUCCCGAAAAAAAGUCAAUGUCAUUGUGCUUUACGAUUGCUCGAUUUAAUUAGUUGCGAAAAUAAAAGCGUGUUAUCACUUGGAAGCAUAACGUAAGCUACUGACGAGCUAAAAAUAGAAUUAUCUAUAAAGACACACACAAACUCCCUUCAAAAGAAAAAGGUUGUGUGUGGACCUCACUUUCGAUAACUGCCUAACUGUAAAUAUUGUGCGAUAGACAAGUGUGCAAUGCGUGAUCCUUACCAUCUAGGAUUCUGUGAAAAUUAACAGUAGAAGCAACUAUACACCAUAAAGAAGAUCAAGUAAAGUCGAACCGGAAACACCCGACUACCUACGGCACAUACGAUCAACUGCAAAAUCGCAAUACUGGAGAACCUGGAUCUGGUCUGCUUCGCUUUAAAAGGGUCGGUGGAACAAGGCGGCGGUGGCGGGACUCUAGAAUUGACCGGCGGGGCCGUUCCCAUAACGGGAGUAGGCAGAAUGGCCGAAGCAGCGGAUUCACAGACGACGUUGUCGAACGGGAGUUCAGCGAUCUCACUCAGCUCACCGUCGCCCAUCAAGCACAAGCCGCAGUAUAACGCCGACCAAGCCGUUGUGACGUAUGAGAGUGAGGGGGCAUGCGUCAACUGUUGUAUAGUCUUCUUUUACGUUGUCGGUAUGGUGCUGAUUGCGGUGGGAAUCGGCGCUACGGCGAUGAUCACUCAGUAUCCAGAGCACGUCCUCUAUCUAGCUAUGACGGGGGCCAGCGGAAUUAUUCUUGGACUCAUCUUCGUCUCCCUGUCAGCUACGAUAUGCUCCCCCCGGCGAAGAAGGGUAGUGGACGCCAAGUCGGACGUGAACGGCAACGCUGGCAACCAACAAAAUGGCAAGGCCGGUCCCCGGUUACCCCUAGGCAGUACUCUCGGCGCUCAUGGAGGUACCCACGGUUUGCCCUCAACGAACCGAUACGAGGUCCGAGCCGGUGGCAGCGCUGACGUCAUCGACGACAACCUCGUCCUAUCUUCCUCCCCGAAGAUGCAUCAACAACCAUCGUCCGAGACAACAAACACAGCCGCGGCCUAUCAGUCGACAAACGAUAGCAGGUCGGCGCAGAAGCCUUUAGCGCCGAUACAGCUCAAGUUCGCUCGGAAAUCUGGGUCGCCUCAGCCAACAACCAUCGGUGACUAUACCAUCUCUGCUCACCAUCCGACGUACGGAACGCUUCCCCCCGCCUAUAUGACACUAAGUGGACGUGGUCAUGUCACUCACAUAGGUGCCCACUCGCACGCAGUGGGUAGCCACCAGUACCCAGCCGACAUCUCGGCACACUCGCUGGCAAACAACUACACACUUGAUGCCGCUGGUGGAGGCGCGAAUAGCGGCGUCAGCAUGGUGAUGGCGCCGAUGGUGUCGGGGAAUACUCACCCCUCGGACGAGGUCCACGGAGGAAUGAUGAUUGUCGGACACAGUUCUCUGAGGAGCCCGAACAUGCAUUCGACGGCGACACUACCUUUGCCCACUCGGAUGAGGUCCUCGUUAACCUACAACGACGUCCUCCUUGAAGAACCCCGAAGGGUGGGUAUUCACAUUCUUCGGCAGAGGGAAGCGUCAUCUAGUGACGGACUUGAGUCCAACGGCAGCGAAGAUCCAGGACUUCGCGUGCCUCACGGACAGAUGGGCGCUGGCCAUGCUAUGGGUGGCCACUCGCAGACGCCCACGCCACCCAGUGAUCCCGAGCAGAUGCAACAACAAGGUCGAGUACAGCAACAGGCAAGCCAUUCGCAACAGGGUGGAGGUUUGGCUUCAGUGCGCGAAUUGCAAACCCACAAUUCGACAUCAAGCGAUGAACGUAGCAGCCCGAGAAGUGACUAUUUUUCGAAGGAGAGCUCGAUUGCCUCCACCGAGCAUCGGCAAACGUUGACUAUGUCCACCGCGAGCCACCAGAUCACGCACGGAAUGCAGAGCAUGAACACGGUCGGCUUGCCCCAAGCAAACGCCCGAAAGAAACCUUCUGAAAUAGCUGCAAAACCGUUUAUGAUCCCAAACGUCGCUAAUUUACGACCGGUUAUCCCGCAAGUCGUGCAACCGUCGUACUACAGUCGGAUGGCGCAUGACAUGCAGGGAUUCCAUCCAGUAGAGUCAGGACAGCCAAGCGGUGGCCAGGAUACCUCAUAUGCAUCGAUCGAUCACGGGGUUGGUGUUCUUGCAGCACCAACAGGAGCUAUGGUACAUCAAGUCAAUGUGGUCGCCCUCAGCGAUGAAGACGCCUCAAGGAAUAACGACCUUCUCGAGACGCAGAUCUGACCGCGCGGCGCUAACUACCAAAAUUCGUACAAUGGAUGAUUGAACUGAAUCGACUAUUUAAGCUGGAUUUAAGCAAGCAGAAGGCGAGACUAGAAGGAAAGAAUAUGAAUAUGAAUACAGGGCCACGAAUUAUACACAAUGCAUAAGUACCGAUGUUGACUGACAACGAACGGUUGGACGCACAAUUCGACCCAUAUGCGACCCAAACAAACUGAUCGAACAUAUGAUCGAAGAGCGACCGUAUUGCCUUAAAGAAGUGCACCUCAAGUUUUUCCUGGUCGAAACCCAGACAGGACUUGAGAAGGGCACUUAUCUAUCGACCGUAUCGAUAAUGAACCGAUAAAUAGUACUGAUCUCGGAUGGAAAAGCUCAGCGAUAAGAACGUAAACCGGUAUUUAAUACCUGCCGAAUGGGUCGAACAGAGUAUAAGAGGAAGAGGGUACACUGACAAAGGUAAUGGCCGCGUUGACCAGAUGACAGCCAGGUUACCGACUGACCAAUGACCGCGAACACUUACGGACAGUAAGAGUAAUAUUAUCUUUAUUAUGAUGAAUAAACAAAAACAUAUAUAUGAAAUAUAGGAAGUUAUACAAGGUACCGUUUUACUCGAUAUAAACGAAUAUACCAUACGAGAUUUUCUAUAAUAACUCGUUUCCCCGUUAUGCCAAGAAUUAGCUGUUACAAAGAGGAUGUACCAGUUAACUGAGGGGAAUACCUUCAGGCAGUUUGACUCAAAAAAAGGUCAAGAGAGUUUAAUUAUUGGACAUCACAAGGAAUGUUUUACAGAGAGUACCUUAUAUACGUGUAUGUAAUUUUACGUGAGUAUAAUAUUACUGAAACUGAUUUUAUUGGCGCUGGUAUGCAAAUUUUACGAUGAUGCGAGAACGGGAAAGAGCUAAAUGAUAAUAUCUCUGUUUUCUAUAAUAAAAUCACAUAGAUCAGACGUAGCCAUUGACAGUCAUUGUGUCCCGGCGGUUUGAUGGAACCGAACCGUGCGUAACAAUCAGUCAGCAACAUAAAUCACUACAUUUGUGAGGUCACACGGGUGUCGACCAAAUGCAGGCGCGUUUAUAUCGUAGCUCUAAUUGCGAGCUAAGAACAGAUCGCCGUAUUGUGGUAGACGGUGCGCCGCCAGUCCGUAUCCCGCCGUCUGUUGAGGUCGCAUUCUCUAAGGUCACACACACACGCAUACGUCAGGAGAGGCACAUCAUACCAUAAUUACAUUCAAGGUCACACAACAAACGGUUGUCUUUCAAGAAUGUAUAUAUUGACCUAUAAACAGAGAAAGUAAGACUAAACGAAAACGAUACAUCUAUAUAUAUAUAUAUAUAUAUAUAUACAUGUAUAGCUAAAUACAAUGUGAACAACAUAAACUGCCCAGUACUGCCGCUCAACACUCAGAUUGCCCAUCAGCGUGGAGACAGGCAAUGGGCAAGGUGCAGAAGAAACUCAUCUGUAGUCGUAGAGAAUUUGGCCAGCUGCUGUAUAUGAACGGAAGUAACUAAAAUGGCUAUUCAGUAGUGAAUAAGGUGCACACACUUAGUGAACUCAACUCCUUUGAUCUACCGAUCAUUGGUGUACUACGACCGACAUAAAAGCAAGCAAGAAGGAACGUUACCACUAAAAUUGUAGCUUUUCGGUCGAGAAAAGUCGGAGUAAACACAUGAUAUGAUAACUGAUGGGAUUUGAUUGGUAGGCUAAAUGGCUUAAGCAGUUGAGUGGUUUAAACCAAUGGGCUGGAUAGAUUUGUAUAUUAUGUGAGGGUGGAAUUGCAAGGGAGAUACACGGCGGGGUAUAGAGGUCAGUUCGUUGCCCGAAAGGUGCAGGAAAAAAUAGAAGCGUUAACAUAAAGGAAAAUGAAACUGUUACGUAUCAUGGGUAAGCUAAUACCAAAAAAAAACAGCUAACAUACAACGAUCGACUACAAACCGAGGUAUAUAUCUCUAUCGAUAAUAAUGCGUACACUCUAAUAGAAAUAAUACGUGCCUCAGCCGAACAUUAAACUCGAUUGGAGCUUCCGUUGGGGCGUAGACACAAUCCAAACCAGUUAGGAAUUGUGACUGCUAAUUUUUUUCGAUUUGCGAAUGAAUACUACCAUGACGAUACAAACAAGGGCAAGAUAGAAUUAUAGUUCUUAUAACGAAAAUUCGUACUGAACAUAUAUAUAUAUGUGUUACAAUCGACAGAUGUUUUAAGGCGACUGAUUUCGUUGAUUGUCUCGGCUAGCUGCGGAAAAAUACGAUACAUUAACAUAAUAGCCGUAGUAGUGCUAACAUCAUUAACAGAGAUUAUAACUCUACCGCUUGGAACUGAAACAUACGCAGUGUGCGAUUAGAACAAUGCUAGAUUAAUGAAGCAAAACGAUAACAAAGACAGGGGCAAAAUGCAAAAAAAAAUAUGUGUACUCGCGCUCCGCGCGUGAAUCGUAACUUGCGAACAAGUUUCCGCAUCCGCUGAAUGCUGGUAUAUUGAAAUAGAAGCAUUUUGUGAAACAGAAUGGGAGAAUGAAAAAUAAAAGAAUACAAGGAACAGUACAGUAAAUGAUAGGUAGAGGACGGGAGAUUAAUGCGUGUUUGUAUACUGUAAUAUAAAUACUAAAAAACUAGCAUGAUGCCAACACCGCCAAUCGCUGUGUCGUUAGAUGGACCCGGUUCAGUGAGCUGUAGGCCAAUAGUAUAUUUCUAUGUUAAGAUUUUUUGUUAUGAUGAACAACUUACUUACUCGCCGCCCAACGGUGAUUUUCAGUUGUUGAACUACAUAUAUGAAUUAUGUGCCUCUUUCAAAUCGAAAAUGUGCUCAGUAGCGGAAAAUAUCUAUGACAAAGCUUCGGUGAAGACUUUGAAUAAACCUGCACGGUAACUGAGAUAACGGUAGCAAUAAGCAGGGAUCAUGCUGUUGCAUAUAGAUGAAAAGGUCUAAUGUAAUAGGCCAUUGCUGGCAAUCGUAAUUUUCAAGCCUUGCCUAAAGGCUGAACUAUCGUCUUAACACCGGAACGUAACACGAGCGAUAUCUUGUGACUACUUUUAAUUCUUUGCAACUAUUUCGGAUACAUCCGCGAAGGUACUUAACGGCUUAAGAAAUGUAAUUAUCAGUGGCAAAAGAAAAAAGUGGUUUCAGUAAAUUGUGCAUCGUUCAUGAGACCGUUAUAGGAACGAAGACAAUAACUAUAGGAUCCUAAUAACGAAUAUUAAAAGAUGUGAUCAAACGAUACUUAUGAACAAAAUACAAAAGAAGUUGCAGGACAGCAAACAGUGUAGUUAACAAUGGCUAUUGUAAUGAGAUCAUAUAUAUAUAUAUAUCAUGCAAGAACGCGCUACCGUGAAGUUUAAUAUAUCAACAUACAAUUAAUAUAAAUGAAUACGGAAAACAAAAGCAUCUAUAUUUAGUUGAUGAUAAUGAGAGGGGAAGGAUGGAAGCGAAAAAGUAUGCACAAAUAUAUAUGACAAAAACAGUGUCACAGUUUGUAUGUGUGUGUGUAGGUGAAUGAGUCAGAUAACAAAGCGAUACACAUGAACAGAACUUUAUGAGUCGGAUGCAUGUAUAUAUAACGAUGAUAAUUAUUAAUAUUAGGCAAUUUUUGAUGUGAGCAAACGAGGAAAUGACGAUGCGAAACGAAUUAAAAAUGGAGCAUAACCGCGUAAUAAUAAAUAAAAAAUAUGAAAAUCAAGUGACUAAAAAAAAGCUGAAGGUAUAUAUCAGAACGUCAAAUUAAAUUUGGCCCUUAGAGAUAAAAUAUACCAGCUUUCUUUAUAUAUCCUUUUGACGAAUUUUGUCUUUAUCCAUACCUUAGCAGCGAAUUAAAUCUUCGAAAUAAAAUACAGAUUACAUUUUUAUGCAACACAGAAAGGAAGCUAAGCAAGAUGAUCGAAAGUCUCUUAUGCUCUGAAGCAGCAAGUACACAUCAUAUACAACCAGAAAAGCGCUGGCAAAUAAACGCAACCAAACAGAAAAAUAUACAGUCAGAAAUUAACAGUAAUAAUAUAUGCAUAUAUGUUUAAGUACUAGUGGAGUAUAUAUAUAUUUAUUUUAUGUAAAGAAAGCACAAACAAAGAAGAAAGAAGGACAUGUUGAACUCAUGCGCGCGUACAUAGAAAAUACUAAAGUGUAUCGAUAAUUAGCUGAUAAAUAAAAAUGACAAAAAAUGGUGAAAGAAAGCAAAAAAUACGAAAGAUUUUAACAAGAUGAUAUAUAAGUGUACACAGUCUCACAUGAAAUGAUGAUGGAUAAACAAUAGAAUAUUACAAGUUAUGACGAAACUGUUGACUGUAUUCAUUAAACCUACCUAGAGCCCUUAAAUCGAUUUAUUAUGGCUUUCAAUGUAGAAGAUGAUUACCGUAAUGUAAACAUCAUCAACUAUAUGAAGUAGGAACCAAGUUGAAGUGGUCAGUAUCCGACGCAACAUUUCAGAACAAAACAUAUUAGCGGAUUAGCGACACUCAUAUAUGUAAAGACAUUCCGUGCAGUUUAAAGGACUUUAUAGCGAAAGAUUAACCCAAUAUUCGCACAUUAAUUAUUGAAGCUGAAAUAUUCAAUGCCUUCUUUGACAAGUAGCAUACUAUAGGAAAAAAAUCGUUAUUUUAAAGAAUAUCUGAUCCGCUCAUAAUGCGUAUAGUGUAUAUGGAAUACAUUUUCAUCAAUAGUUAGUACUGCACUUUACAGAAGCAGCAUCUGUGUCCCUUUCGAAUCCAUCAAAUCGACUGUAGUCAAGUUUCCGAAGAUUUUUUUUAACUAAAUUUUAAUGUGCAUAAUCGAAGACGAUCUUGCUGGUUUAUUCUUAUUAAUAUUAGUUAUUAAGGACGACCUAACUUUAGUUUUUUUCCGUUUGGCUUAAGGCUCAUUUGUGUGGAUUGACUAAUCAUUACCCUGUUCGUCUACUCACGUUAAUACCCAUCUAUCGAUCAACGAUAUUUGAAGUAUCUGAUAUGAUAUACGACAUCCGAUUAGAUCCAGUGUGCAACACUAUCAUUAGUUGGAUCUAGAAAAAAAAAAAUAAAACUUAUCGACAUUUUUUUGGAAACCCAAAGGGCGCAGCAACUCAAUACAUAAAGUGACCCUUUUCGAACACACAUAGACUUCUUGUUGAAUCACACUGCCAAUAUUAUAAUUCGUGAGCUAAUAAGGUAUGUCAUGCUUAGCUUCGAUGUUACUCCCAAAUAUGUCUCUUACGGUGAAAAUCAAAAAUUUAUUUCGCAACAAAAAUAGAAGACACUUUUAACACAUACCUAAAACAACAGUAAAACAAUCAUACCAUUAUUUUUUCAAAGAAGCAGGUUUCUUGCGUUUCAAAACGCCGCAUCAAUUUCCCAACAAAUAAAGCAUAUAUAAAAAAAAAAAA